AUGCAAACUGUCAUUACAGCAAACGGGCGGUAUGCGAUACGUGCCAUCAAGCAAGACGAAAGGCGCCGUAAGAGCCCAUCAUCAGUAAUGAAAGAAGUCACCGUCCAGGAAACAUCAAGUGCCCCAGCACUGUUUGAGAGCAAUCUAUCCAUCUUACCGUCUGGUCAACCAAAUCUGCAAGACCCCGGCAUGAUGGGACAUACCGGAGACGCCAUCCAUCCGAAUUACCUGAUGGAAGAGCCUCAGCUCUCAGGAGAGAAAUUUAUGUACCACUCGGAGCUACCUUAUCCCUACGUUGGCGUCAAUUGUGAUUCAAAGGAGGGUAUGGGAUAA